AUGGAAAUGAACAGCAAGCUUGUGCUUCUCCUUGCACUUCUUGUUGUAUUCUCCUGCAAAAGCACAGAGGCCGUGAAGCUUAAAGCCACUCGCAUCCAAUUCUACAUGCAUGAUGUUGUUGGCGGUCCAAAUCCAACCGCUGUCCGGGUUGCAGGCCCUGAUAACUCCACCGGCCCAAAUUCAACUGCUGCCGUGUUUGGGUCCAUUUACAUGAUGGACAACCCGCUCACAGUCACACCCGACCCAAAUUCCACCGUGGUGGGACGUGCACAAGGGAUGUAUGGUAUGUCAUCACAAAAUGAGUUCAGCCUUCUCAUGUCACUAACUGUUGGCUUCACUAGUGGAACUUACAAUGGUAGCACAUUUAGUAUGCUUGGCCGGAAUCCGAUCAUGAAUGAGGUGAGAGAAAUGCCGGUCGUCGGUGGUACCGGGAUCUUCAGGCUUGCCCGUGGAUAUUGCUUGGCGAAGACCCAUUCAGCGUUUGGAUUUGAUGCAAUAAUUGGAUACAAUGUGACGUUCAAGGCCUCAAGCAAGCCCCACUUGCAAGAUGAGGAAUAUAUCGUUUUCUGUUUUGGAGAGGAUGGUGACUUUGAUGUUGUCAAAGAAUGCAAGUCAGAAACACUGGAAUGCUUUGAUACAAGUCCAAGCUCUGUCAAUCCGAAGCUUCACUCUGUUGAGGUUUCAGGAACAAUUAGAAAGAACAGCCAUCAUCAGAAGUCAGAUAUCGUAAAUGGACUUGAGAAGGAGAUCACUCCUGUUAAAAAGGAUGGGGAAGAAGCUGGCAGCCUUUUGGGUUCAGAGCCACCUUGUAAUGCCACAACAAGGUCGUACCAAAUUGGAGAGAUUGACAAUUGUGGAACGGUAUCUGCUAAAUCAAGCGACUCUAAGCAAUCAGAUGGAAGCACAGGAUCUUUUUCCUUUCCUGUAAUGCGUUGGGAGUUGAUAGGCAGUCCUGUGCAAAUGCCGAAAUCAGAGAGCCUUUAUGCAAGGAAGCACAAGGCCCCCUGUGCUCGUUUUCAAUGCUGUAGAUUCUGA